UUCAACCUGCCUCCUGUCACGUCCUCUGGCUCUCCCUCCUUUCCCUGCCUCACACUGGCUCUUUCUCUGGCUGGAUGGCUGUCUACCGCAGGUCUCCCUCCCUAUGGUUCACCACACCACCCGUCCACCCAUGUCUCCCUGGUCAGUCACUAACCUGACUGACUCCCUGACUUCCUCCUGCCUCCAGAACAGUACAUGCCUUGGGGUUGAAGCUUCCUGGGGCGUUAGGACACCUGUCUGUGGGGAAGCCUACCUGGAUACUACAUAGACACCAGACGCAUCUUCUCCUUGACCACCUUGAAGACCCUGGGAGCGGUUGACGUCCUGAUAGUCCUGACCAGUGCUGCUCACCCAGUCCAGCAGAGUUUAGCUAGCUAGCAUCAGGUGAAUCCAUGAAGUGUCCAUCUGUCCGGACCAGCAAAUCAGAGGUGAGUGACUUUCUGACCUGCAGCCUAAGACCUUUGACCUUCUGUCAGACAGCACAGCCAGGGAGCCUAGACCACCUCUGACCCCAAUAGCGACAUCAUUAAUAUGGAGUGGUAAUGGAGAUGUAGUGGUAUGGUGGCUCUAGCUGAUAGUGGUGCUCUCCCUGCAUGUGGGACUUCUACUCUUACUAUGAUACAUAGCUUAGUAACACUUAAAGCCUGCAUGUAUAAUGCACUUUAUAAUGUCUUUUAGCCUUUCAGACAAAUUCUGGGAAGGAUGAGACAUUGGCUCAUUCCGUAAAUGUGUCUUUUUCAAUGACGGCAAAAUGUUCCAGUCCUCUUCCACAUUGAAGUUCCACAGAAAGAGCAGGAUACGUUUUUGCUGCAACCUAAGAAAUCCAAAUAAAGUUUAGAGAGGGAUUUUUACAUUUAGAGGGAGAUUCCUAAGUUUAGAGGGGGAUUCUUAAGUUUAGAGGGGGAUUCCUAAGGGUCUAAGUUUAGCACUGUACUAUUCCAGUCCUUUUUCAAGGCAGGGAGUGACUUGGAUUAGAGUGAAUUGAAUGUGUCAAAUAACACAUAGCUGGGACAAAUAUAUAAACUGAGUGUUCAAAACAUUAGGAACUUCUGUCUGUAGCAUCUGAACCGUUUGGGCUGCAAACUAAUAUGACCCCACUAUGGAAAGGGGAGAUGCUACAAACCCCACAAGUGUCAAGGGACUCGUCUGAAGGUAACUGGUACCAGUAAAAAAAAAAAAAAAGGAUAUAUGGAGGUAGUUUUGUGCCAACAAAAGAAACAGGGUUAAAUAUGUGUCCAAAAACCAAAAAUAUUUCCUUAGCUUACUUAUAUCUCCUAGAUAUAGGAAAUACACUUCAAAACCUUAUCCCCCCACCCCAAAGGCUUAGACCUUUAGAGGUUAACCUGUCUCCUCCCCUUCAGUUACACUGAUUGAAGUGGAUUUAACACGUGACAUCAAUAAGGGAUCCUAGCUUUCACCUGGAUUCACCUGGUCAGUCUAUGUCAUGGAAAGAGCAGGUGUUCCUAAUGUUCUGUCCACUCAGUGUAUCUAUAUGACAACCACAGCACAAUGGGUUCUUGUCCAUGAUAUCGGUUAACUGAUUUCUAAAACCAUGGUAGUUAAUCCUUUAGGCUUUACAUAGAAUCCAAUAUGUUCACAUGCUUUGUGGUGUCCCCUCCCCUUCAUGCCUGAUCAGUAAAACAAACAAAAGCAGAUUACUGUUAAAGGAUUAGAGCUUUACCCAAAAAAGGACACAUUUACAAUUUUCCGGUACUAUGGAUUUACUGUUUUUCACGGGGCUGUAAUGAUUGCGAUCAAUAAUCACAGUGUAGUCUUGAUUUUUGUAGUUGUCCUUGGUAUGGCUCCCUCUGCUGCACGACAGAGUAAUUACCGAGAAUCAUUACUGAGCGAGCAGCGUCUCAGUGAUCCUCAUGGCCAACAUGGGGAUCACUAAUGAAUCCAAUUAACUCUUGUUAAUGACCUUUUUGAGGCAUCCUGUUCCUCUAGUCUAGUCUCCUCUGAUGGCCCUGCAACUGACGUACACACAUGCCUCAUUCACAUCAUCAAUCAUCUCUUCUUUUGCUGUUUUAGGCUGUAGUAACUUGACAAGGAAUGCCCACACGCAUUUCAAUAUUACUUUCCUUUACUUUCAACCUAAGAAAUAAAAGGUGUACAGCCAUGUACAAACAGUACAAAUACAGCUAAACGAUACAGCCCACUCAACAUGUGUUAGAGUCGCAUUGUAUAGAUCCGACCCUGGGUGAUGACAUCAUCGAAGGGGAAAGGUCACGGUCAAUGCCAAUGCCAAUAAUAACCAUGCACACAUGAAUAGUAAUCAUACUAUACUGCAGGUAAUUACAAUACAUAUUCAAUGUAAUUAUUUAUAUAGUGUCCACUCUAUAACAUAGGCCUAGUCUUGGAAGGCCAAAUAAGUUUGAAUAAGAAUCACACGAGUCAAUGAGAAUGGUUUAAAAAAUGACUGGCAGCGACAUGGGGCUGACUAGGGAUGAUUGGCGCAGCCUGGCAAUAUGAUUAGCUUGUUGACGUGUGAUUCAUUUUUAUUGUUGACAAUGAUUCAGUGAGAGGCAUACAAUGUUAUAAUGUGAUAACAGGUUUGCAAUGUUAAAGUUGGCAUGUAGACAGCUGAGGGUGCCGUGUUGUGUCUCCAGGGCUAUGGUUGGUUGUGAGGGCCUGGAGGCGUGGUGAGAUACAGAGGCAGCAGGCAGCUCCAUGGCGUGGACUGAGCUGGAGCUCCGGGCAGGGCUCAGAGCUGGGCUACACAGGGCCCUACUACCACUUCUCCUCCAGGGGUUGAUGCUCCUUACCUUCCCCUGCCUUGGUGGUCCCCCACAGCCGGCACGCAAUCCUCUGUCACCAGGGCAGCCUUUUCUAGUACUAUGGGGAAUCCCCAACAAGGCGUGUUCUAUACGUCCUGACCCAGGAGCCUUUGGGAUGGAGAGAGAGGGCCGCGUGUCCAUGUUUUAUGAGGACACUCUGGGGAAAUACCCCUAUUACACUCACCAGGACCAGCCGGUGAAUGGGGGUCUUCCCCAACACACCAGACUGGAUGGACACCUCCAGAAGACAGGGGAGGACCUGGUGGCAGCGCUACCCUCCACAGGGUAUCAGGGCCUGGGGGUACUGCGUUGGGGCCAGUGGUCCCCGCAGUGGGGAAGGAACCGUGAGAAACAGGGCAUCUACCUGGAGGGCUCCAGGGCUCUGCUGAGGACCUUCUUCCCUGACUGGACCACUGAGGAGGUGGAGAAGUGGUCUCAGGUAAGAUCCUCAUCAAUACCAGUUUAGAGUAAUAGGAGAAAUAGAUGUAAUAAAUGCUAUUCAACAUCACAGUUGUCUCAUAAUGAUGUCAUCCCGUUCCCCAGGUGGACUUUGAGGCAGCGGCCCAGUCCAUCCUCAUGGAGACGCUGUGGGAGGUGAGGAGGCUCCGCCCCAAGGCUCUGUGGGGCGUGUCCCCGUACCCCAACUGCUACAACUCUGGCCCCGCCCAGUCGCUGUCCAAUUACACAGGUCGCUGUCCCGCCACCGAGAUGGCGUUGAACGACGAGCUGCUGUGGCUAUGGAAAUGCUGCUCUGCCCUCUACCCCGCCCUCACACUAGAGAAGUUGCAGGGCGGGACCUCAGGGGCCAGACUGUACACGUCCAAUCAGAUCCGAGAGGCACUGAGAGUGGCAGGCUUGGCCGGGACCGCCUACGACCUUCCUGUGUUCCCAUUGGUCAGGAGUGUCUAUACAUCAACCAAUACUUUUCUGUCUGAGGUGAGAGAUAGUGCUGGGUGGAAGUAGAUGUUACCAUGUUUUUGAAAGUGGUUUCUCUUUGUCUGUUGGUUCUGUAACAAGUGUAUAACAGAGUGAUGUUCCCUCAGGCGGACCUGGUCAACACCAUAGGUGAGAGUGCUGCCAUGGGGGCAGCAGGGGUUAUCCUCUGGGAGAAAGAUCAAGGUGUCUUCUCUUCAAGGACUCAGGUACACAUCUCUUCAAUUGUCCAUACAUUCAGUCAGUCAGACUACCGUGGGUCUGAGGUCUAAGAAUGACAACAUUUCACCUGUCUGCCCCCAGAGAGCCUGCUCAGAGCUGGCCACGUUCGUGCGUGAGGUCCUGGGCCUGUACGCCGUCAACGUGACCACAGCCGCCCGCCUGUGCAGCGUCUCCCUGUGCGAGGGGCGUGGCCGCUGCGUACGCCGCAAACCCGGGAGCUCCGCCUACUUGCACCUGCCGCCCUCCAACUUCCUGAUGACGCAGGGGAAGGUGGAAGGGGUGCAGGCCACAGGCCAGCUGGAUCCUGGAAACCUGGAGGCCUGGAAGAGGGACUUCCAGUGCCAGUGGUAUGAGUCCAUGGAGGGGGCGGCUGCCGACGAGGAGGUCCCCAAGGACAGGGCACAGGGAGCCCUUCCUCCCACACUGAAUUCCCCCUUGUUGAGUGAGCUGAACCAAGGGACCAGGCCCACCCUCGCUCUGUCAGACCACAGUGGACCAUCACUCACAACUCCUCUCCUGCCUCUACUGCUGGUAUUAGCCACAGCUCUAAGCCUGAACACAGACUUAUGCCUGAACCUCUGACUAACCUGCUGGACUAUCAGGUCGGGGCUCAGGGGGCUAAACACACUGUCGUACCAGUGUAGAAUUUUUUGGGGUGGAACAGAAACUCUUAAGAGGUGUUUCUAUUUCGAACAAAGAAAUGUCGUGAACAGAGACUACUAUUCUAUUUUGGAGACUGUGGAUGUUUUUAUUGUCUGUACAAGUAGAUCAAACAACAACCUUUUAUUCAUAGGAUUUGUGGUUAACAUUGCCGUCAUUUCUCGUCUCGUCAACAGUUGUGUGUAUUCAGUUCAUAACAUUGCAGUACUGGGUGUUUCUUUUAUAACUCAUUGUUUUUCUGCACACUUUUUUUCCUUCUUCACGCUACUCAGCUCUACUCCUUACAUGUGAAUGGC